UAUUAGGUUAACCCUAGUUGACGAACAAUUGAGACAUACAAAAAGAACAUAUAUCAAAUAACUUCCUUCGAACCAACUUCACAACAGACUUUCCUUAGUUUCUCUCUGGAAAGAAGUAAGACAAAGGAUUCAAACAAGUGACGAUCGAGCGCUGUUCCAAUUGGAAAGGAGGUAAAGAAGCGAAAGUGUUUUGGGAGACUGUCAGUAUUGGAUAAACAAUGUAAGGAAAAAAAAAAAAAAAACUGAAAAAGUGUUGGAACGGGACUAAACUUAAGGUCACAAUUUUCAUUGGACACAUGACUGACUUUGUGGAUUUAUCCCACUGCGGGAAUUAUUGGAACUAAGAAUGAUGAUGUAAAGGAGAAAGAGCUGGGGCCAUUUUUGAGGUAUCUGAUGAAUGAUAUGGAGGUUCUCUUAAAGGAAGUCAUCGUUAUCCUUCUCUUAGUCACGUUCUCUGCAACUGCAUACGACUUUGUUGUGCAACCGGAAUUCGUGGAGAAGGAAGAGGACCUCGCCGUGACAGCUUACAUAGGACAGACGAGCAGACUUCCAUGCACUGUCAAACAUCUCUCUGGGAAGCGGGUUUCUUGGAUUCGGCAGAGAGACCUGCAAGUGUUGUCAUCGGGGCGUCACACAUUUUCGACAGAUCUGAGAAUCUCAGUUUUGUCCGGAACAAGAUUUCAACGCAGGAGCCUCGGCCUUCAGGAGGAACUAUCCCUUCGGGAGUCUGAGGGAACAGAUGGGCAUCUUAGAGGACCUGGGACUGUCGGGUGGGUACUAAAGCCUUUUACUUCUCAGAUUCCCGACUCUAAUCUAGAAGAUGAGGGAAAAACUACGGUGUAUAUUCUCGACAACAUGUCCACUGGACGGAGAGGUUUGUCACUAAGAAGUCAUAGUCAUACGUCACUGAAUGACAGUAGGAGAGAAAAGAGACAGAUGAGAAGCGUAGAUGGUCACUACAAGUACAAAAGAAACAAAAGGGAUUAUGGGUACAAAAUCGAUAGCCAUUUGCUGCACGUGAGUUCUUCGUCCGACAGAGAGCGCCAAGGGUCCAAAAAAGUGCUCCAGUUUCACAGUGACCAGUAUAGCAAAAUCAGACCUCCAGCUGCACUUCCAAAUGCGAGCAGCGGGAGCGACGAAACUGGGCAAACAGAUGCAAAGGACGAUAACCCUAUUUCCAUCUACCCCCAAGGACCAAAUUCCAAAGCUUCAGAUUUGAAAACCCUGAAGGUGUCCCCUAAUUACAUCGAAGGUCUCUGGCAGCCAGAGGAUUACACGCUGCAGAUCAAAUACACCAAACCUCAGGACUCUGGGACCUACAUCUGCCAAAUCAACACGGAACCAAGAAUCACGCAGGCUGUGGUGCUCAGGGUUGUCAAGAUGAGAGCCGAAAUCGUUGGGCGCCGGGAACUGUUUGUGAAAGCGGGAAAUCCCGUGAAACUGUCUUGCAGAGUCAACCACGGUGGCCUCAGUCCAGGGUUCAUCCUCUGGUACAAGGGCGAGCGUCUGGUCGAGUACGAGAAGAGCGGGGGACGGAUACAAGUCCACACUGAGACGGAGGGCGUCAGUUAUCUUCUCUUGAAUGACGUCCGGCCGGAGGAUUCCUCUAAUUACACCUGUUCUCCCGCUGGGGGAGAGCCUGAUUCGCUCAUACUCAGCGUGAUUGUAGGUGAGCGAAGGGCCGCAAUGCAUCAGGGCAACCACUGCCCUUCAGAAAAGCGCCCAAUGCCCAUAAUAUUCUUCUGCGCGAUCCUGGCAGUGGGCCAACUCUCGUUCUACCCAGAGGAACAUCCCGAACUCAUAUCGCGUCAUCUGGUCUUCGCCAUUCUCGUGGGAAUUAAUUUUUCGUGUCUUCCCGGGCUGGCCAACUUCACCAUCUUAUUGUUGUUGCUCGUGCUGUUUCACUUCCAAAAUAUGCCAAGGGCAAGAGCAGGGGAUAUCUUGCGGGCGCCGGUGAUAUCGAGUUCGUCUUCUAUUUCGUCGGGAAAGGCAUCGUCUGCUAGUUCGCUCCCGAAGUGGGAUUCCAGAUCGCGAGGAAGGCGUCUUGCAACGCCUCCAGAAAGGGAUGCUGGGUAGGUUCGCUCCGAUGCCCCGAUGAUAAUAAAGGUGAGUUUACACUAGGCAUCACCACACGCUGCAUACGUAAGACUCAUCACCAACUCCUCUCGAAUUCUUAUUAGCCCCGCCUACUGGACUGCUCAUCAAGACUCACACCACACCACUAACUCACCCAAAUGAGCUGUCUAGUAGGCGGGUCUAACAAGCCAACUCUUCCCAAAUUCUUAUUAGCCCCGCCUACUGGACUGCUCAUCAAGACUCACAUCACACCACUAACUCACCCAAAUGAGCAGUCCAGUAGGCGGGGCUAAGAAGAAUUUGGGAGGAGUUGGUGAUGAGUCUUACGCAUGCAGCGUGCAGUGAAGCCUAGUGUAAACUCACCCUAAGUUUCGUCGUCUGGAGGCGGGCGUUUGUUCCCUGACACACGAGGUUCUCGAGUGGAAUGUCACUCAUUGUGUGUGUACAUGAAUCAUGUGUGAGGAAAUCAAAAAGAA